GAACCAACUCCGCUUCACUCUGGGCGAGGCUUGGCGAUGCCGCGUGGUCAACGUACGUCACUUGACUGUGCAGAGAAUAGAGUUGCCUAAACAGAAAGUGAAUACAUGUCAAGCAAGACAGCACAAAGUCAAAAAAGAACAGAUAGAAAGGAAACAAGGACUACAGAAGCCUCUUGGUUGCAUCUCAGCAGAGCCAGAGACCCGAAACCAAAACCCUUUGUCUCAUGUUCGACAACUCGACCUCCACUACCUAUCCACUAUCAAUAGCGCACCAUCCAUCCUCGUUACAAGGACCCGUUCCCCUACAAACACAAAACAACCAAUGCCCCGUGGACCAUCCACCCGCCUGCCCCCCCAUUAACUUGUCCGUCCGUAUUGAGACUUGUAGCCAAGCCCUUUGACCCUGCACCAGCCUCAAUCAAAAUUGGGGACCACCUCAGCAACCAUACCAUACCAUCCUGCGCCAACCUUACACCUGACGAAGAGGCUACGUUCAUCAUUUCAAACUUCGCAUCCCCGUCGUCACAGCAAUUCAAACUCUCCACCUCUCGAUUCAGUCUCCAUCGCCGUCGCAGCAAUCGACAUUUCUCGAUCCGCUUUACUGCAAUCAGAUUGCCAUCUCGAAUUGGUCUCUUAGGAAACAUCAGUCACUUUCUCCCCAGGCUGGUCCAAGCCCGAAUACGAAAGCUCGACGUAAGCUGGCAAGAUGACGCUCAAGGAGGAGUUCCAAACGCGAAACUUCAGCAUCUACGGACAAUGGCUUGGAAUUCUUUCCAUGAUCAUCUGUCUGGCUGUUGGAAUCGCCAACAUCUUCUCGUUUCAUGUAGUUCGCAUUAUCUUCUGCGCCUUUGCUAUCGCAUCGGCCUUUGUCAUUCUUUUCAUCGAAGUCCCUCUUCUUCUCCGAAUCUGCCCAACCUCCGGCAAGUUCGAUGAGACAAUUCGCAAGAUCUCGACCAACUAUAUGCGCGCGGCCGCCUACGGCGUCAUGUCUGCUCUGCAGUUUAUUAGUAAUGUCAGCGGUGCAAGCAGCUUGAUUGCCGCUGCUGUCUUCCUGCUACUGACUGCUCUUUGCUACCUGCUUGCCGGUAUCAAGGGUCAGGCCUUCGUCGGCAGCAAGACCCUCGGUGGUCAGGGCGUCGCGCAGAUGAUUGUGUAGACUCGCCAGCUGCCAGGCCGACCAAUUUCGUGGCUCUACCACGAAGCGGACGAACCACUAUUCAAGUUGGCAUCUUGCACCGUGGCGUUCGCUGGGUACAGGAGGCACCUAAGGCUUUCCAUAGCUCACAGGUGCAGGAGGUGAUGAUGAUGGAAAAUCUGCUUAUCUCGACGAUUUAGGUUCCUGCUAAGAGCAGCGGCCUGUAUACCCAGCUGGAUUUGGCGUCUGGGAUGGGGAACGGCUCAUGUUUUGAUUGAAGUUGAUGUCCUUUCGUGAACGAGUUUCAACGACUGCGUUAUUUUGAGUUAUUCGCAAAAAUUUGAAUUCAUUGGUUGUAUUUCUGCCCAUAAGAUCGUGCUGUGACGGUGUCGAUGUCGCUUCAAUACAUUUACGCACUGCCGGAUAUUGUUCAAUGCUAGGCAGUUAUGAACAUGUAGCUUUUCUGGAAAGCUAUUGAUAGCUCUUGGGAUCGCCGCCGUGUCAAUGUGGCUAUUCACCC